AUGCCCAACAUUACACGUUCCAUCCGGGACCGCCUCCCCAAAAAAAAGCAACCACCCCCACCAACUGCACAACAAUCACCACCACCACCACCACCCCUCUCCCAAACAGCCCCAACUGUCUCCUGGCUCCUCGCCCACCGCGCCGAACGCACCACCCAACCCGCCCUCACCAAAGGCCAAACCCCCCUCGCCUCCCUCUACCGCAUGUACGAAUAUCUCACCAUCAACCACAUCAAAGCCCUCCGCUCCGAAAUCGAGCGUUUCUUCAACCACCCCUCCUGGGCCGUCUCCGCCAUCCCGGACCCGGCCGACCCCGACCCCCAGCGCUACGCCAUCCUCGCUGGGAUCCCGUCGUUGUUGGUGACUGCGUUUAAUCGGUUGAUUGAGAGGGGGUUGCCGAGGGGCAGUCCGUCGAUUAUUACGGGGGUGGAGAUGGAGGAGGAGUUGAGGCGACGGCCGGUGGUGUUGGAGACGGAACCGGCUUGGGUGGGGAGGGUGCCAGCUUUGAAGGAGAUGUUGGUUCUGCCGGGGCCUGGGGGGGAGGUGGCGGAGGGAGAGGAGAGGUAUGGACGGUUGUUGAAGUUGGGAGUUGUUGUGGGGACGCCGCAUGUUUUGUUUAUAUAA